UAUGCGAUUCUUCCGAAAUGCAGCGACUGGACAGUCUCCACCCUCUAAGGUCGGUUAUGUUGUUGAACCUUUACAAACGUUUUGCUCUUCUUCACUAUUGAUUGCUUACGUUCAUUCCGCACCAAAUCAUCUUCUGAGAAGAAAUACAAUUAGAGAUACAUGGGGCAACCCGAGAAAUUUCCCUGGGUUUCGGGUUAUCUUUGUUCUAGGAAGAGUAGAUGACAAUAGAACCAUGGACAGUAUAUUAAUGGAAUCCGAAAUGUACGGAGAUGUUCUUGUAGCAGAUUUUUUAGAUACUUAUAAGAAUUUGACGCUAAAGGCAGUUUCCGCUGUAACUUGGAUGUCGAAUCAUUGCUCCAAUGUAAAAUAUAUACUAAAGACUGAUGAUGAUAUUUUCGUUAAUCUUUUUACGCUUAUCGACCAAUUAAAAUUGUACUCAAAUAUUAAAAAUAGCUUCUUAUGCUUAGUCUGGAAUAGAAUGAAGGUUGUUAGAGAGAAGAGAAGUAAAUGGUACAUAUCAAAAGAGGAGUUCGAAAAGGAUAUCUUCCCUACUUAUUGUUCAGGUUCCGCUUAUAUACUGACAUCCGGAGUUGUUGGAAAGUUAGCAACAGCUGCUAAAGACGUAGGAUUUUUCUGGGUCGAUGAUUUUUACGUAACGGGCUUACUAGCCAAGAGGUCGGGAGUAAGUUACGUUCAAUUAAAUCCAGGCUACGUUCUUUCUCCAACUACUUUUUACGAAAAAUUUACAGAAGUUAGUUCAAGGAAUAAGUUAAUUUUUGGUCACGUUCAAAAUGUUAAUGAGAUGAAAGCUGUUUGGAAGAUUAUCCAUCGAGACCGUGCCAGAUGGAAUAAUUCAGCUGCAGGGCUUUAG